GUGCGGCCGCGGGAAUCCCAAACCCACCUCUUUCCCUGCCCCUCCGUCCCUCGCCAUGGCCCCUGCGCUGCUGCUGAUCCCUGCAGCCCUCGCCUCUUUCAUCCUGGCCUUUGGCACCGGAGUGGAGUUCGUGCGCUUUACCUCUCUUCGGCCACUUCUCGGAGGCGUCCCCGAGCCUGGUGGUCCGGAUGUCCGCCAGGGAUGGCUGGCAGCUCUGCAGGACCGCAAUGUCCUUGCCUCCCUGGCCUGGGACCUGGGGCUUCUGCUCCUAUUUGUUGCACAGCACAGCCUCAUGGCCACUGAGACAGUGAAGGCGUGGACCACCCGGUACUUUGGGGUGCUGCAGAGGUCCCUGUACGUGGCAUGCACUGCCCUGGCUUUGCAGGUGGUAAUGCGGUACUGGGAGCCGGUACCCAGAGGCCCUGUGUUAUGGGAGGCUCGCGCGGAGCCCUGGGCCACCUGGGUGCCCCUCCUCUGCUUUGUGCUGCAUGUCAUCUCCUGGCUCCUCAUCUUCAGCAUCCUUCUCGUCUUUGACUACGCAGAGCUCAUGGGCCUCAAACAGGUGUACUACCACGUGCUGGGGCUGGGCGAGCCUCUGGCCCUGAAGUCCCCCAGGGCUCUCCGCCUCUUCGCUCACCUGCGCCACCCAGUGUGUGUGGAGCUGCUGACCGUGCUGUGGGCGGUGCCCACUCUGGGCACUGACCGUCUCCUCCUCGCUCUCCUCCUUACCCUUUACCUGGGGCUGGCUCACGGGCUUGACCAGCAAGACCUCCGCUACCUGCGGGCUCAGCUACAGCGGAAACUCCACCUGCUCUCCCGGCCCCAGGAGGAGGCAGCAGAGUGAGGAGCUAACUCCGGUUCCAAGCCCUGUACUUCCUCUCGAGUUCCAGACUCCUUAGCCUCCAGGCCUUGGCUGCUGAAUUCAGUCCAGAGACCCGAGGCCAUGCACGAAGGGGGAUGUCCCUUCCACUGGUUGGGACUUAUUCCCUGGGCCCUAAAUUCUGAGUUUCAGCCACAGGACUCCAAAGUCCGAUUGUCACCAGCUAGCAAGAGGGGGCAUAGAACUCAUCUGUCCGCUCACAGGUUACAGCAUGAGCUGCGCACCUCUCCUCCUCCCCAGCAGCCUCCUCACAUGGGAAGGGUCUGCCCUGACCACUCCCCUGAAACUGUUAUUUGCUUCUCCACCUCUCACUUCCACUCCAAGAGCUCGAUGUGCACUCCGUGGAAAAUAAAAUUCAGCCUGUGUUUUGUUCA